AUGACACAGCCUCCGCAAUCUCCCACUCGCCAGAGCACGCCCGAGUAUCCCAACGCUGUUCACGACCAUGCACUGUUGAACAGCGACUAUGAGGGCAAGCCCACGCCUGAGGAACUCCUGACCCUCCGUCGUGUUGCUGGGCCUAUGCCCACUGUGGCCUACUUGAUCUGUGCCGUUGAGUUCGCUGAGCGCGCAUCCUACUACGGAGUGCAGCAACUCCUCGGUAACUUCAUCAACCGACCGCUUCCCAAGGGCGGAAACGGAUGGGGAGCUCCACCUCGUGGCACUCAGCAGACCGCUGGUGCUCUUGGCAUGGGAACCGUCAAGGCCAAUGCUGUCUCACAAUCCUUCCAGAUGAUGGUGUACAUCCUUCCCAUCUUCUUCGGUUGGUUGGCCGAUACUAAGACCGGUCGCUUCAAGCUCAUCUGCUGGGGUGUGCUUGUCUUUGGUGUAGCCCACGUCUUGAUGGUAGUCAGUGCUAGCAAGAGUCUGCUGGCUGAUGGAAGUGCCAAAACCCCCUUCUUCCUUGCGCUGUACAUUCUUGCUAUUGGAGCUGCCAUGUUCAAGCCAAAUGUCUCCCCCAUGCUUCUCGACCAAAUGACCACAAGGGUGCCGAAAGUGGUCACCACCAAGAAAGGAGAGAGAGUUAUCGAAGACCCAGAGGCGACUACUGAGCGCGUCAUGCUGUGGUUCUACCUCCUCAUCAACGUCGGUGGCUUCAUGGGUGUUGCAACCACUUACACCGAGAAGUACAUAGGUUGGUGGUUGGCUUUCUUGCUGCCACUGCUGUUGUACCUUCCCCUUCCCCUCCUGCUCUGGUUCCUCAAGAAGCGUCUUGUGCUCCACCCACCUGCCGGCAGCAACCUCGGUCAAGUCUUCAAGCUCUUCGGUGUCAUCUUCCGACGAGGUGGUCUUGGUAAAAUUGGUCGUGGUGGCUUCUGGGCACUUGGAAAGCCGUCAAAUAUUGCUGCCGCUGGUCUUUCUAUUCAGACAACUUGGAAUGACGAGUUCGUCGAUGAUGUCGCCCGCGCUGUUCAGGCUACCGGAAUCUUCUGCUUCUUCCCCAUCCAGUACCUCAACGACAACGGUAUUGGUGGCGCUGCCGGUUAUCUCUCGACUAUGCUCACCACCAACGGCGUGCCCAACGAUGUCAUCCAGAACUUCAACAGUUUGAGCAUCAUCUGCACUGUUCCCAUCUUCAACUAUGUCCUCUACCCCAGUCUGCGCAAGGCCAGAAUCCAAUACGGCCCGAUCGCCCGCAUCACCACCGGACUGCUUAUGUCAUCAAUCGGUGGUGUAGGAUACACUGUUCUCAACUACUAUGCUUACAAGCAGUCUCCUUGCGGUAAUUUCGGUUCCGACGACUGCGAGAUUGGCACCGGAGUCGCGCCUAUUUCCAUUUGGUACAUGGCCAUCCCCUACGCUCUCGGUGGUAUCUCCGAAGUCUUCGUCAACGUCCCCGCCUACGGUAUCGCUUACUCUCGCGCUCCCGUCAGCAUGCGUGGUUUGGUAUCUGCCAUCAACCUUUUCAACACCGGUGUCGCCUAUGCUAUCGGUCUUGCCUGCUCGGCCGUCAUUCGUGACCCGUACCUCACCUGGGACUUCGGUGGCCCAGCUAUCGCUGGUUUCAUCACUGCUGUGGUCUUCUACUUCACCUUCCGCAAGAUCGACAAGGAAGAGCUCGUUAUGCGCGACGAGUCGGACGUUGAUUACCACCUUGACUCGACGGGCACCAGGAGCGUUGUCCGUGCCAACUCGAUCAACGGUGAGGGUGUUAAUGUUGCUCAGAUCGCGAAGAACGAGGAGGUCAUGAUUUCGCAGAAGCAGUAGACGUUCAGCUUUGUGUAGUCGCAUGGACAAUCGAUUUGUACGGUUUGACGAUGUAUACCCUUUUAGUAGCUUUCUCAGAUGUAGCUUUGGAUAUAAUGCACAUAACUUUAU